UAACUUCCAAUAAAUUUUUGAGUUUAAACUCAGGACAAAUUCAAUAGAAAUUAAAAAUAGAAUCGUCUAGUACAAAAUACAUGUUCGGAAAAUCAUCAGUUAGUCUCGUGGUGGAUGCGGCCGAGUAACGUUGCCGUUUCGACUUUCAACACACAAAAAUUAAACAAACACCGCGUCGGCCAUUAAUCAAACACUAAACCCUCAAAAGCGCUUAAAAAAAACACAAAUUUUAAAUACAUGCCGUGUUCGAGCUGUGACACGAUUAUUCAAAUUAAACAUCGGGGUGUGUUGUGUUUGAGCGCAUCGAUGGACAAAUUGGCUUCGUCUUAGCCAGCGCACGCACUUUUUGUUUAUUUGAUCGGUUUAUUUUUCGAUCUAAUUCUGUUUUAGUGAAAAGCGUCGGGUAAAGUAAAUAGCGACCAUGUGCAACGUAAGUCAUAUCGUGCGGUAACUGAGUGUGAAAUUAACGGGAACGGGUCCAAGAAAUGGAAUGAUUUAUUUGAAGUUUUGUACCGCGGUUCGGGUGUAAAUUUUUUUUGGAUGAUGUCGCUGCGGCUAGAGAGACCGGGAAAACCGAUCGAGGAUUCCACGAUCCGGUGGGCCGAUGACGUCGCGAUGGAGAUACACGACGACGAUGAUGAUCUCAGUAUUUCGAGCGAGGAGGAGACGGGGACGGCGUACGACGGGGAGCAGAGGAGCAGGUCGAAGUCGGUCGUGGAGAUAUGGGAUAAUGACUACAUUUGGCAGAGGCUGCAGGCCCUCCCCGACGCCGACCAAAUCAUCGACCCAAUCAACCAAAACGCCCCCGACAAACUCCUCAAACACGACCCCAGGAGCGUCCUCCUCAUCGCCACCUGGCUCGAAAAGGAACAAAUCUUACAGGAACUCUUCGCCAACGGCGUCACCGUGGAAGCCGCUGCCGACGAAUCGGGCAGAGGCGCAUUACACUUGGCAGCCUGCGUCGGAAACACCGAAUGCAUGAAACUCCUGCUGCAGCACGGCGCCGACGUCAACGGCAAGGACUGCCCAAACCGCGCCACCCCUCUGCACUGCGCCGCCAGCAAAGGAAAUUUAGCUUGUUUGAGGAUGCUGCUGCGCCACGGCGCCGACGUCAACGCCGGACUUAGCAACAAGAGCGCUUUACACUACGCCGUGCAGAGCCUGGCGGUCGACUGUGUGAAGGAGCUCCUGGAGAGUAACGCGAUCCCGAACACGCCCCAGGUGUACAGCGAGACCCCGCUUCACGUGGCCGCUUCCCUCGGGUCUUCGGAGAUCGUCGCGCUGUUGCUAUCGCACGGCGCCGCUGUUAACGUCCAGUCCGGUACCGAUAAACUCACGCCGUUGCAUCUGGCCGCCGAGGACGGCGACGCCCAGUGCGCUCGUUUGCUCAUCGACGCCGGCGCCCAGCUCUCCAGCGAGAACCACAAGAAGCAGACGCCGCUGCACCUCGCCGCACUAGGUCAGUGCUCGGAGACUCUGGAGUUGCUGCUCAACCGCGGCGCCAACCCCAACGCGCGCGACGUCGACGGCCGCACGCCCUUGCACAGCGCCAUCGUCAAGGUGUCGCGCUCGUGCGAGUGCGUGCGGCUGCUGCUCAACGCCGGCGCCGACGUCAAUAGACAAGACUCCUUCGGCUACACGCCGUUGCACCUCGCCGCCCUCAACGAGUUCUCCAACUGCGUUAUGUUGUUGUUGAACCACGGCGGCGACGUCACUAUGAGGACGAACGGCGGCGUGUCGGUGUUGAGCUUCAUCACCAGGAAAACGCCCGACGUCAUCCCGAAGUACAUAGCCAAGUUCGACGGGUCGGUGCAGGUGAGCGACCAUGAGCUGGGGGACGUGGAUUGUGAGCUAAAGCUCGACUUUAGAAUCCUGGUGCCGACGAUGGGGCACAAAGAAACCGAAUUGUUGUUGAACUUCAUCGAGGUGGGACACCGCGAGGUGCUCAAGCACCCACUCUGCGAAACCUUCUUGUUUUUGAAGUGGAGGCGCAUCCGAAAAUUUUUUCUCUUCAGUUUGUUCUACCACUCUCUGUUUGUGGUUUUGUAUACUUACUACGUCAUCGGUGUGUUUCUUAAGUAUUGUCCUUCGCAGAGGAGUCUUCUAGCACUGUCUCCGUGCCACGUAGCCAACGACGUCGAGAUCUUCGGGUAUUUUCUCCUCUGCUUCAAUUUCAUGCUUCUGGGGAAAGAGAUGUUCCAGAUUUGCCACUCCUGGCGCAUCUACAUCAAACAGUGGGAGAACUGGUUGCAGUGGCUUAUCAUCAUCACCGUGUUCUGCUGCGUGCAACCACGUCACCAUAUGAAUGUUCGUGCUAGCGUGGAUAAUUGGCAGCACCACGUCGCCGCCAUCGGGAUUUUCUUCGCCUGGCUGGAACUCAUGAUGAUCGUCGGAAGAUUCCCAAUCUUCGGCCUCUACAUCCAAAUGUUCACUACCGUCUCCGUCAACUUCGUUAAGUUCGUAGCGGCCUACUUCUGUCUCCUUUUGGCGUUCGCCCUCAGCUUCGGCGUCCUCUUCGCCAACUACAAAUCCUUCAAAGACUUAAAAUGGGUAAUUAUUAAAGUCCUGGUGAUGAUGUCCGGGGAGCUCGAGUACGAAGACAUCUUCUACGACCCCGACGCCCCCAUAGAGUACGAAUGGACGGCGCAGAUCAUGUUCCUGGCUUUCGUUAUUCUUGUCACUGUUAUUCUGGCCAACCUUAUGGUGGGUUUGGCGGUUAGUGAUAUCCAAGGUCUGCAACAGAGCGCGGGUUUGGAUAGACUCGUCCGACAAGCUGAACUCGUUGCCCACUUGGAAUCCAUGCUUUUUUCGCGCUUGUUGAGGUGCAUCCCGCACAAACUUAUGAAGUUCUUUCACAAGCAGGCGCUGCUGUUGAAGUCGCAGUACCACUGGGCGCUUUAUAUCAAACCCAACGAUCCCCGGGAGGAGAGAAUCCCGAAGGAUUUGAUCAGGAGCAUAUACCAUAUGGUAGCCGAGAGGAAGGAGAAACCACGGAGGAAAAGAAGGAGUAAUAAGGGCUACUACGAUUUUGUUUCACCGCCGCUAUCAAGAAUGAACUCGUACUCGAGUACUUUUGCCGGAUUGGAUAAACAGAUGGCGCUACGGACGGAGCUGGAGGAAAUUCAGAGGGAGUUCGCGGAGUACAGUAGAGUUUUCAGACAAAAGGUGGAGUUUAUUACAACGCAGAUGCUUAGAGGUGCGAAGAAUUAGUGUUAAAUUUUUAUAAACUGUAUAAUUGUUCUCUUAUUAAAAAAUAAAGUUAAAAUAACGCA